AUGGUGUCCUCCGGUGAAGCAUUUAUCGAUAGAUAUCCGCCAGGUUCUUCAUACAAAUAUGUUGUUGGCUAUAUUGUUCAAGAUGAUAUUAUUAGUGGAACACUUACUGUAAAAGAAAAUCUUAUGUUCUCAGCAAAUGCUCAUUUAUCGGAUGACAUUUCUAACGAUGAACGUAAACAACGUGUAACAAAAGUUAUGCAUGAUUUUAGACUUGAAGCGUGUGCUGAUACAAAAGGGGGUGCUGAGUUUUUACGAGGUGUAUCAGGUGGUGAACGACAGCGAACUUGUAUUGGUGUAGAACUUAUAUUAUCGCGCAAAAUACUAUUUCUGGAUGAACCCACUACAGUCCUUGAUGCGUCUACGGCUCAAAAUGUAAUGGAAUGUUUGAAACAAUAUCGGCCCCUGGCAGUACAAUUACUUAUUUUCUCUAUUCAUCAACCUCGUUACUUUAUAUUCAAACUUUUUGAUACUGUUCUUCUUAUGGGUAAAGGCAAAACAUUUUAG